AACCGGAUGGAAAAAUACAUCUUCAUUACAAAAGUAUUUAUAGUUGUUUAAACAUUUCGUCAUCGUUUGUUGGAUUUUAUGAAAUACCAACACAGAGCAGCACAUUACUGUGAAGCAGAUGGAAAAUGAUAUAACGCUUUCAAAAUGUUAUUACAAUUAAAAAUCUAAGGUACGUGUCGUGUAUUUUUGCGUUCACUCCUGAUUUAUUGAUUGAUUAUUUGAUUGGCUCAACCAGCCUCUGACCGGUUUUACUCCAGGUCUGACCUGUAUUUAACUCCGUCUUCCCAUCAGCUCUGACUUGCUCUUCUUUUGCUCCUGAAGAAAAGCAUCCCAAGCAUGAUGCUUCCGCCACCAUGUGUUAAGAUGAGUUGCUGUUUUCCAGUUAUCAUGAAGUGACAAAUUAUUUUUUUCACACAGCCCUUAUGUUACAUUUUGGUUCCAUUUGUUCAGCCGAUGUUUUUCCUCCUGUUUGUUGUUAAAAACUGGAAACAGGAAUUAUUAUGAGAUGCGACUUGAACAGGAACUGCUCUUUUUUGAGGACGCUAUCAUGUCUGUCAGUUUAGAUGGAUGUCUUGCCACUUGUAGUAGUGCUGUGCUCUUUCAGUUUUCAGAAGACGCACUGAACAGAUCACACACAGGUGUUCAAAGCUUUGGUUAUUGUAUGAUUUAACUCUUACUUCUUCACAACUUUAAUCCAGUUUGUGCCUCUUAAUCUCUGUCUUGUGUGCUCACUCACAUGUUCAGACAAACCUCCAUGAUUUUCUAACCUUUUAAGUUAGCAGACUUUGAAGGGAGUUGGUUGCACUUAAUUUCUUUUGGAGGCGUUUAAAUAAAGAAAUAGAUUUUUACUUGUAAGAAACAUUUUGAAAUUAUUCGUUCUUGUCAUUUCACCUCGUAACUGCGCACUGCUUUGCAUUAGUCGGUCACCUAAAAUACUAAUGACACACUGCAGAAUUUGUAAUGGUAAUGGGAUGUGAAAGUAGGAUAUGGCUGCAUGAGACCCGGUUCUAUAAAUUAGCCUACGUCAUGAAACCAGCUUCCUCUUCAGAACUUCAUUACAGAAAUCUUUUGUGUAAUAAAGUCUGGCGUAUUGAUCUGUUAAGGCAAAGCAGCUGGUGAAUGAUUUGCUGGUUAUCUCGGUGGCUUAGCUCACUGUUUACAUUCCUCAUACUGAGUAACACCGCGGUCAAUAUCUGCUCCGUGUGUCAGAGAAGACACAUCUCUGGACAGAAUGGGAAAUUGUCACCAAAUACUUUGGCAUGUGAAAACGAAAACGGGACAUCAAAAGAAAAAUGGGGCGGGAAUCUAUCUGUUGAAUCCUAAGGUCAAAGGUCAGAUCUGUCACGUGGUUGACACCAGGAAGCUGAGAUGCGGUUUCUAUCCCCGGCCACUUCCCUUCUCUGUACAGUCGAGCAGAAACAAGGAUCUCUCGACUUCAAUGAGCUGCGAUAUCAAGGAUGAUAAGAAUCACAGAGGAGCAAGAAUUUCCCAAUGUCACUGCAGUUGUGGUGGACUGUCAAAAUAAAAUCUCACUGGACCUCUUCCUGCAUCUUUCUCUCAUUCCAGCAGUCCUGAUUACAGGAGCGUUGUCAUUUCUUCAGAGACGAGCACAGAGACUGGCCAUUGACCACAGACUGCCAUUUCUAAAGGGCCGUUUUGGUAUUGUGGUACCUUUGGAUACAAUAGGCAGCAUCAGUAACCGCUGGUCCUAUGGCUUUGCGUUUGGCGCAGUGUCCAGCAGCGUUCUGUUGCUUUUUUCUGAGCGUUACAUCCCUUUUACAGUCCCACCGUGGGCCAGAGCGAUAGUGUACCUUGUCGGAGCUUUGGAAGUGGGUCUGGUGUAUUUCCCAUUUUUCGCCUGCCUAUCCACGCCAUUCAGAACGGUCGGCGCAGUGCUGGGGAUACUCUACUCUAUAACCUGGAUUGUGAUCACCGUCUGGGAUACAGCCACCUGUCCUCAUGGAAAGGUUUUGGGUAAAUACCAGAAGAUAAUUUUCCAGUGGCCCUGCAUCCUCUCGCUUGUCUUCCUCUUGGGACGAUUUAUUUACAUGCUGGUUAAAGAUGUGCGCAUACGUCUGCAACUGGAAACAGCGGAUUCUGAAGAGCUGAUUGGUCAACACCAGGUAGACCACAUUAAGAGGCUACUGAGAACGCCACAACAAAGUAAACCCCUCAGCUGGUUCCAAAAACGAGUGUAUGACUGGGACCCGUACUUCAAGUUUCCAAACAGGAUCAUUGGCACGUCCAUUGUAUCCCUCAUAGGCCUAUAUAUGAUGACACUAGCAGACUACAGCCUCAGUGAUGUUGUCUUUGACCAAGUAGAGCACUGGAAGGAUACACUAAAAAACAUUACUGACUCUUGCAGCCAGACACAAGAGUUGAGAUACAUGAUACCGCAGAUGGAAGAGUUUAUCUACGUGGCCAGGAAGUGCUGGCUUGCCACCACCAUCUUUGCCAGUUUCAACUCUGUUGCGUACACCUUCCAUAUAUUAGUAUGUUACAGGAAACACUUAAAGAGACUUUGGAGGGGUCAGAAAGGUUUUCUUCCAGAGAAGUUCCACAAUCCUAAGUCUGCUGUCAGCGUUGCGUCCAUUGCGAGAUACUCUGGAUGGCAAAUAGCUUUCACGUUAUGGGGCUACCUGAUUGUCCAUUUUGUCUACUUCCUGUUUGCCCUUCUGUUUGCCUACUUGCUGGUUCUUCCCAUACAGAAUGGGAAAGUACUGACCAUGCUGUCAAACCUGGGACUCAUUCUUCUGACCAUCGGAAUGGUGGUCGGCUUGGUGAUUCUGCAGGUAGUUCUGGUUCACAUUUUCUUUCUUCAGGACAAAAUGUUCCCCAAUGAUAAGCAGAAACCUCUGGCUCUCAACAACAGGAAGGCAUUCCACUGCUUCAACUACUUCUUCUUUUUCUACAAUGUGGUGAUGGGGAUCAGCACCUGCAUAAUCCGCCUGCUGUUUAGCAUAGUGGUUGGAACGUGGUUGGUGUCCCGCAUUGACCGAACCAUAAUGCAGAGAGGAUAUGAAAACCUGGAUGCCGGCUACAGUACAUGGAUAGGGAUGAUCUUUGCGGAUCAUUACCACAACAACCCAGUCAUGGUGUGUUUCUGCCAGCUUCUGGUUUCAAGCACAAUAGAGAAACACAAUGCGACUGCUUACGCCACAUUUGACAAUGCUCAAUCAGCAUCCCCACUCAACAGCCGAGCCAGGAGGCGUUGGGCGUUGCUUUACACCCUGCUGAAGAACCCUCCUCUGAUAAUGCGCAGGAAACAGCAUCUUUCCACAGCAUCGUCAUCAUCACCCACCCAGACGGAGACAGAAGUUCGGGCUUGGGUCAUGGCAUCACAAAUACAGAACCAGCAAUCGGCACCACAGGGAAUACCAGAAAUAAUAAUCACAGCAGAAGAAGACUGUUGAAAAAACAACAACAAAAAAAACUGUGUGGCUCAGCAGAAUUUUAAGCUGUUGAACAAAUUGGAUCAAAUUACUUAAAACUGUGGCAGAUUCUGUCUUAUAAUGGAAAAUAGGUGUUUUCCAUUAUAAUUGUUGGGCAUUUGAAUUGUUAAUUUAUUCCAACUUCUUUCGAGGCAGCGAUAACUCAAGUUAACACGGCUGCAGAGGUGAGCCGACUCUUUUUAAUUAACUGUGGGAGAUUUCAGAGAUGUUAUGUUGUUGUCUAGAAUGCAUGUGUUUGUUCACGGUUGUUGAAAGUAUGUCACUUAAUUGUCAAUGCAAAAAUAAUUGUGAAGUACAAAAACAGUUUACAAUGGUUUUAAACAACUGUAACAUUUUUCUCUUGUUUGCUACAUUAAAAACUUGUUAAAUGUG